AUGUCCAUGUCCACAUCCACACCUCCGCCCAAGAAGAGCAGUAAUAGAAAAUUACUGCGCGAUUUAAAAAAUGAGCCUGUUAACUCGCCAUCUUCGCCAAUAUCUCAUAUAGCGAACUCACUCCAGUCGCGCGCCUCGCGCACGACAGAGACGUAUACAGCCUUCGGAGCUACUAAGAAGAUGUUCGAGGCUUGCCAGCUGCAGGCGGACUAUAAGAUUCCUCAAGCGUCGCAACCCCGUGGCGUAGUGCCCAAGACUGCCCAUGGAGAGGACCUAGGCGUGGGUGAAGGGGCGUGGUAUAAAGAACUCGGCCUCCUCCCAACCUUCUCCACCUGGUCCCAAAUCACCUUCCUACACAUGUACCUCUUAACCGUCCGCCUUCGCGCCCUCCCUUCCCCCGAGAGCUUCCGCACGUAUUCCCAACACCUCCUCGACAACUUCUCGCACAACGCCGAACACCGCAUGACCAUCUACCACGGCAUGACCAUGCGCGGUAUUCGCAACCGCUACCUCAAAGACUUGUUCAUCCAAUGGCGCGGCGUGCUCGCCGCAUAUGACCAAGGCCUAGUGUCCGGCGACGCAGUGCUUGGGGCGGCUGUGUGGAGGAACAUUUGGAAGGCGUCGCAUGUGGACCCGAAUGCAGGCGGUGAUGGGAAUGUGCCGGAGGAAAUGGAUUGGCGGAAAGUGGCAGCUGUGGUUGGAUACAUGAGGAGGGUGCUGGUGGAGUUGAGUCGGGUGCCCCAUGAGGGCUUGGUGGAUUUGGUUGUUGGGAAGAAGGUUUUUGGGUUGACUCGGCAGGAUUGGGGGUUGGUUGGGACUGUAUAUCAUCUCUGCGUAAUUCAAAGGACAUGA